AUGCUUCAACAGUUAUACAGAGAAAAUAAGAUUUCAUUAUCUAUGAAUAGUGUUUUUUUCACAGAAUUGAAUGAACGACUGAGACAUCUCGACGAAGAUCCUUCAAAAGUGUUUACGGUGACUGGAUCAUUGAAAAAGUCAUUAUUGUUUGAUGACCAUAUUGAUGAUAAUGACAAUGACUUUUUUUCAAGUCCUUCACACAAGAGUUCUCAACUGUGUGUCAAAGAUGAAUUGACUCAAAAGUAUGGAUUUUCAAAUCCAUCCAUUGAACUCUUCAGCCACGAAACCAAAAAGCUAUCUCUGAAACAUGAAAUUGUGACUUGUUCAUCGCAAUUCCUUUUAAUAUCGAAUGGAGAUGCUCCCAAGCAAGAUCCUUGGGGCUCCUCAUAUGAAUCCGAGCUAAGAGGAUUUGACAAGUUAGAUAAGAGAGUAGCUAUGAAGAUUGUGGAUAACAUGUCUGUGGCAUCCAAUCGAAUAUUGAACUACAAAAAAAAGCCAUCUGUCAACCAUGACAAUCCCAUUAAGAGUUUAUGGUCUUUUAUUUGGAACUUGGCAAUCGAAGACUUGGAGAAUGCAAAACGUUUCUUGAAAUAUUUGUGCCUUGAUUUGAAUUUUCCAAUUGAGUGCAUUGAAUUUGAAGACGAGAUGGGAAAAUCUGUUUUGGGACAAUGCCUCUUGCAAUAUUUGGUGUUUUUAUGUAACGAGUUUCAAGAUGGAAGAUUGUUCAACAUGUCACAUGACACAACUAUGCAACGUAGAAUGGAUGCAUUGCCUCUGUUAAUACUGAGCUAUGGUUGGGAUUUUCCAAAACAAGAAAAAGAGCUACCUUUUAUCUUCAAAUCCAAUACCAAACACUCCCAACACCUAUUACCAUAUUUGCUUUUCCAGUCUCAAAGAUACAAACAUGUGGAUGAAAAUUAUGUAUUUUCUCUUUUAUUACAAAAGAUGCUAGUCAGUGGAUGGACCGAUUUGGAUUUAAUACUUUCGUAUUACUUGAUCGAGAAUGAAGAAAUGAUCAUUCAUUUAUUCACUACCUCAGACAGAAGAGUCCAAUAUUCCUCUACUAUGACUCUUCCCUUAUUCGUCAGUGUGUUAUUGAGAUGUAAUGUCAAUCAAAAAUUUGUUCCAAAACGAUUAAUGGAAAAGAUGAGUGCCGAACAAUUUCAUACCAUGAUCGGAACUCAUCUAGAUUCCAAUGGAGAUUCAAUACUUCAUCUUUACUUGAAGAGUGUAGGUGAUGAUAAUUAUGCCCUGCUCGAUGGAGAAUUGGUAUUGUCCCUCAUCAGAAAAGCUCCAAAUCUCUUACUGACCAGAAAUAACGAUGGACUCACUCCAAAACAAAUGCUACUCGAAUCAUGCUCACCCAUGAGUUACUAUCUUGUUUACCUUAUCAAGACUGAGUUUGCUCAAUACCUUUAA